GAGCGGCAGCGUGUCGGGGCUCACGCUCAAACUCAUCAAAAUAUCUGUCAGCAAGAUGCUGGAGACCCUCUCGGAUGAUGACUUUGUGAACGUGGUUUCUUUCCAAAAUGUCGCCAAGAAUGUGUCGUGCUUUGGGAACCUUGUGCAGGCUAAUGUAAGGAACAAGAAGAUACUGAAAAACGCUGUGGAGAACAUCACUGCGAAUCUCAGCACCAAUUACACAGCUGGCUUUGAGACGGCCUUUGAACAGCUUAAACAGAUGAAUUACUCAAGGGCCAACUGUAACAAGAUUAUUAUGCUUUUCACUGAUGGCGGAGAGGAUAGAGCAGAGAAGAUCUUUCAACUUGAAAACCCACAAAAAAACGUGCGUGUCUUUACGUUUUCAGUAGGUAAACACAACUACGACAAGGCGCCAAUACAGUCGAUGGCCUGCAACAAUAAAGGUUAUUACUAUGAGAUCCCAUCUAUAGGUGCCAUUCGGCUAAAUACUCAGGAGUACCUGGAUGUUCUGGGCAGGCCUAUGGUUAAAGCUAAACAAAAGGCCAAGCAGGUUCAGUGGACUAACGUCUACCUGGAUGCUUUG